CACGAUACGUUGCUCGGAGAAAAGAGGACAUUUGAAGAAGAAAUGAUCCACGUCUUCGACAGGACUAUUACAAGCGCAUUUUAGAUGGUCAAGUAGGUGGUUCAAGUGUAAAUCGGAAUUUAAGUCGCUACAGUGGUUUCUUAGCCGAGCAUGUAGAAUUUGUUGCUUACGUUCGCCAACAAGAAAAUACGAAGGAACUAUAGGAGGAUUGUACUUCCUCUUUACUGCACUUUUAAAACUAGAAAGCGUUGGUAAAGACCUUGUAUCUAUGUCAAGUUCGUUCCAUAACUUAAGAGACGAAGGAAUAGUUGAAUUUGAGUAAAUCGCAAGUCUACGAGCGAUUGUUUCAUAGUCGCCACGAUUACGUAACAGGACAUCAUGGGAAUUGAUACGGAAACAUAUCGACGGAGAAUAGGGGUGUAUGUUCAUCGCGAGAUUGUCAUCAAAAGCAAACAACAAUUUCGAAUUAAAAUGUCUACUCAUCCGUCAUUUGUGCCUACCAGUUUGACUCCUGGAUUGCUGAUGUUCCUGAUUUGUAUUUCGUUGUCCGACAGGCAAUGCUACUUUACAAGCGAACACAUCGGAUGGGACAAAUAUCCAAUAUGCGGAGUAAAUACUAUUAAACGUGACUCAAAAGAACUGGCUCUUGGGUUGGAAGAGUCUCUAAUGCAAAUAGUACUUUUUGAAGAUUACUUUAUUGUGUUGAUGUUUGAUCAUACUAUUAAAACUCUCAACGGCAUACCUAGUAAGGUUCUUGAUAAAAGAUCCGACGAUAUUCUGUACCGAACACGGACAACUGUAAACGUUCCUUACGGAUGGUUAGCUUAUCAUCAAAAGUGGAAGUUAAUUACGAAAACAUCGUUGCUCCACAGCCACUGCCGUGCAUCAGCCGUUGUGAUGUCACUUGCCCAGAAAUUCCAAAGCGCCAUGAAUACCGCAAUAGAAUCACAAUACUCUCGCAUGUUCACAAACUUGGAUUCACUCAGAAAGCUUAGUGCAGCGGCAUUGACGGCUUUGCGCCUGUUGCUUAUAUUAUCUGGAAUAGAACCUAAUCCUGGACCUUUCAACAAAGCUAAUGGAGCCGGUAAUCCUACUUUCGACGACUGGGCGCACAAUUCAGUCUUUGUUCUUAAUGUAGACCGAGAAAUGGAGGCAACAAUUUGGAACAAGAACUCAUCAGAAGCUAGAUACACCAGUUUCAGAAGGAUAUUGGUGACCAUUGGAAGAAGUUGUGGAAGUAACACUGCAUGCAUAUACGUCCGAGACAAAAAGAUAUUUCUUCUUUUAAAAUCAAAACUACUUUCGAAAAUGGACUUUAUAAAGGCAAACAAACCAUUACCACAAUCAUUUUUCGUAUAUCUGAAUGACAAUGGGGCAAUUCAAAUUUGUCGCAUAUCUCCAGAUCUCAGUUCUUUUCUCGCACCUGUCAAUGAAUACAUUGCUAGUGGGAAUGUUACUUGCCUAGAUUAUAAUGAUUUUCAACCCCCAGUAUCUUUGGUUCAAAGGAAACAAUCUAAAGUAUCAAGCAUUACAGAGGACAAUACCCAUUUGGCAGGUUUCAGUAAUUCAGUGUAUAAUUUGAAAAUUUACAUCCAUGAAAAAGAAGAAAGCCCAACUCCCGCGUAUCCAGUUGAAAACGAGGAACAAAAUACCAUAGCCGUUCAAGCUGUUGACGAUACGGAUGGGUCUCAUUCAUUUGUUGCUACGUCGUCAGGCUUGAGUGAACUUCCUAUUCCAUGGAGCUACCAAUCUCAGACACAGAGUACUUCACAGGUGCAACAGCAUAUGGACAACAUCACUCCACUACAAAUGAACAAUCCAAGUAUUGUUGCAAGGAUAGAACUAGACAUAUCCGAACGAUAUGAUCAGACGGAAAUCCGGUGCAAUAGUUCAACUCCUGAAGUAUCGAAUACACAUAGGUGGCGUGGCGAAGCAACGGAUUAUCCGACGGCAAAAUAUCCUCGCUAUGCAGCGGUCGAAGAUAGGACGGAAUCCUUUAGAAACUGGCCAAGGACACGACCAACAAUACCAGCUUUGUGUCAGAGUGGGUUUUUCUAUACAGGUAACGAUGACUUGGUGAGAUGUUUCUGCUGUGGUAUUGGUCUAAAAGACUUUUCCGAUACUGACGACCCUCUACAAGAACAUGUCCGUCACUCUAGGAACUGUGCUUUCCUUUUAGUAUUGCUGGGAGGCCAAGAUGGAAUGGAACGAUAUCAUCGAAGUUUGCCAACUCAUGACCCUGAAGAGAUCAGACGCCAGCAGCGUCUACGAUAUAACAGCCAACACAGUGUUCCUGUGACUGGGUAUAGGGCUAGACACGAACGGCUUCGGUCACUGCAGUCUCGAUUGGAUACUUUCACUAACUGGCCAUCACAUGUGACCCAAAGACCUCAAGAGCUUGCAGAAGCUGGGCUGUAUUACACAGGUAUUGACGAUCAUUGCCGCUGCUUUGCGUGUGACGGUGGUUUAAGGAAAUGGGAACAAGGAGACGAUCCCUGGAUAGAACACUGUCGAUGGUUUCCUGCUUGUCCUUAUGCACGCGAAGUAAAAGGACGCGAUUUCAUCGACCUUAUUCAGCUUUCAGCUGAUCAAGCUGCCGAAGAAAACGCAUCGGCGCCGCAACAAGAUAUGACUAACUCAUUGGCUGCCGUGUCAAUGGAGGAUCCUGUAGUACAGAGAAUUGUUGAUCGACAUGACAGUAUGCUGAAAGAGAACAUGGGAUUUUCUGACGAUGAAAUCAAACAAGCAGUUGUCGAGCUCGUUCAGCAAGGCAAUAAAACACCCAGCAUUGAAGAUAUCGUCACCCAAAUUGAAGUUAUCGCAGAGAGGAACGCAGUAUCUCGUGACUUUCAGAUUAUCCAGAAUGUUCAACAGACAGAAGAUGAAAUGAUGGAGGAAAAUAUCCGGCUGAAAGGAAUACUGAUGUGCUGCAUGUGCAGAACCAAUCACGUGAACAUUCUUUUCCUUCCAUGUACUCACCUAAAAUUGUGUCUUGAGUGUUCGAGAAAUCUUCAGAGUUGUCCUCUUUGCAAGAGGCAAAUCAAAGACAAAAUCCGCACAUACAUGCUUUAAUUAAAAUCAUAUUGCCUUGAUACGUGUUAACAUUACUCGAGUUGUGUCCCCUGAUAAGAUGGCCGCGUGUUUCUAUGCUCGUCAAAAAUUGGACAAAUUAUAUUAAUUUAAGUGCGAAAAUAACAAUGGGGAUUAGCAUUGAUCAGUGGAGGGACAAAAUAGGAUGUUUUUCACAACCGAAGAAGUCAGUUUUUAGGCAUAACGUGUUGUGUGUGCAUGUUGGGAGUAAUUUUAAACUCGCCUUUCGGGUAACCACGUGCUUAAUGGCGUUGCUGCUUAUUUGCGGAGAUGUCGAGAGCAACCCGGGACCUCCAAAAUCUGACGGUUCACGUAAAACUACAUCAUCGCAAAACAGGGUUUUCGACCGCUGAGGCCAACAUGAGAAUCCAACAACGACCCCUCAGUCCACCAGGCCGGGGACGGGCGCCGCCCAAUGGAACCAGGGUGUCGUAACACGCCAGAUGUCAAUAGCUACGUUUACCACGCCGCAAAAUCAACAUAGACAGCCAAACCAGCAUGCAUCUCCUGUCCAUGAUCAUCACGAGACCCAGAAUUUGGACCCCAGGGUCAACGUGACCCUCCAGCUCGAGCGGCAUGGGCACAUGAUCAUGUUACCUCUAAUGCAGCUACUACUACAUUUGAUCACAAUCAGAGUACGGAAGGUAUGUUUGACUUUUUAAGAAUUAUGAAGCAAGACUUGAAUCAACAAAAUAUUACAGUUUCGACGGAAAUCGGCAAUAUUAACUCGAAAUUAGACUCAGUUUUGUCAACUGUGAAUGAGUUGAAGUCUGACAAUGAAAAACUAAAACAAGACAAUAUUUCUCUUCAUCAUGAAAUAUCUCAAAUGAAAAGCAAACUAGACCAGUACGGAAGUCAGUCGCGUAGAAACAAUUUGAGAUUUAAUGGCAUCAGUGGCAAUAUUAACGAGCAAUGGAGUGUAACUGAAGAAAAACUUCGAAUUUUUUUAAAAACAACCUUGAACUUUGGAGACGAAGCGGACCAAAUCGACAUUGACCGUGCUCACCGGAUUAAAUCGAAUGACAGCAAUGCAUGUACAAUUAUAGCUCGUUUCGUGCGCUUCAAAGACUGUCAAUCAAUUAUGACUAAAGCCUCGAGUGUACUAAAAUCGGACACAAACCCUAAGUACUCUGUACAACAAGACUACACAGACCGUGUAAAACGACAUAGAAGAAUACUCGGGGAACGCAUGGUACAUGAACGCAACAAUGGGCAUUACGCAUCUAUUCGAUACGACAAGUUGUUUGUAAAUGACACCAUCUAUAGAUACGAUGAUAACACGGACCAAAUUGUUUACGUUGGGAAGCGCUCCAGACCACGUGCAGACGACCGGUCACAUGGUAACGCUCAGCCAAUCAAUGGAGCUACGCCAAAUCACGAAGCGAACAGGCAUUCCGAUGACUCUCUCUCCGAAUAGGGACUAGGUCAAGGUCCUAAUGCGAACAUUGUUUAUAAACAUUCUAGCGUUAAGGUUAUUUCAUGGAACAUUUGUGGAUUAAACAAAUAUUUUGAAAACGCCGAGGUCACUAAUUUUUUAAGUACAUUGAUAUAAUACAUAUUUGUGAAACUUGGGCUAAAUAUGUUGGGGAUUUUAAUGACUUUAUAAAAUCGUAUGUUCAUUAGGACUUUGUGAGAAAGAUGAAAAAUAAUGCUAUCAGAAAUAGUCUAUAUAAGUAGUAAAUUACAUAAGCAAGAACCUAUUCGACGAAUUUAUGGACAAUUUGAAAACUGUGUUAUUUUGUACUGUGUAUACUCUACCUUGUAUGAUUGUGAGGAUAUUAUAAUGUACUUUACGUAUGUAUCUCCUGAAGGAUCAUGCUACUAUACUGAUCAAGAUGAGAAGAAUAGCAUAUCUCAAAUGUAUGAUAAUUUAGAAACUAUAACUUAUGAUUAUCCACAUGCAUUGUUGUACAUUGCAGGUGAUUUGAAUUCCAGAUGAAAAGAUUUUUUCGAUUAUAUCUGUUCGAUGAUCUCUUUUAUAUUUUUGGUAAUAUAGACUAUGAUGGAAGCACAUUUGAUUUUCCUACCGAAUAAUAAGGAUAAUAUACGUGGUAAUAAUUAUGGUAAAUCUCUGGUAAAUCUAUGUAACAUAUUUGACAUACACAUUCUCAAUGGCCGCUUCCCUGGUGAUAGAUGUGGUGAAUUUACAUGUUUUUCAAAUGAUGGCGCAAGUGUCGUUGAUUAUAUGAUUGCUUCAUCAUUACUUUUUCAAUACAUUAAAGACUUCAAAGUUUUAGACAGGGACGAUUCGGAUCAUUUUCCGGUUUCUUGUGUAUUUGAAUUUCCAUACAGGUCAAAUACUAUUGUAAAUAAUAUUAAUGAUUAUCCACUUAACACAUGGAAGAAAUUUCGAUGGCGUAAUUCGUUAUGUGACGAGUUCGUACUAACGUUAAGGGGCUUAUUACAGAGUCGGUAUAACACUUUGCUUGAUACCAUAGAUUCUAAUGUUAAUUCUGCGGUAGAUCUGAUUACAGCUAUAUAUCAGGAUGCCGGUAAAUGUAUGCUGGUUAAUUUUCGGUAUUUUUCAUCACAACCACCUUGGUGGGAUGACGAAUGCGAAUAUUUAAAGUCGGUAAAAUACAUCGCUCUUCGUAAAUUUCGUAGCUCCAAUUUAGAGUCAGAUCUCAGAUUGUUUAAAGAUAAACGAAAUAAUUUAAAGAAUCACUGUAGGUCAAAAGUAUACGAAUAUCAAAGGUUAAACCGCCAAGAACUAGUUAAUUGUAGGAAAAAUCAUACAAUGUUUUGGAAACUUUUAAAGAAAAGUAAACCAGCCAAAUCAAUUGACUCUAGUAUCUCACAAAUAGAAUGAUUGCAAUAUUUCAGUGGCCUUUUAUUCGAUGAAAACUCUAUUGUUGUUGAUUCCACUGUUGGAAAUGACCAUGCUUAUUCUGAUGAUACGGCGAAUUCACUUAAGGAUUCUUUCACAUUGCAAGAAAUUGAAUGGUCAAUAUCCAAAUUAAUAAAUGGUAAAAGUUGUGGUCUGGACGGAAUUCCAUCUGAAUUUUACAAGUGUUCACAAACGGAUAUUUCUCCAAUAAUGUUGUUGUUGUUUAAUAAAAUAUUAAACACUGGUAACUUUCCCGAGUCGUGGGGUCAAAGUAGCAUUACACCGAUUCAUAAGUCAGGUCCAAGUAAUAAUCCUGGUAACUAUCGUGGUAUAUCUAUUACGAAUAUUCUAUAUAAAAUAUCCUCUGGAAUAAUUAAUAAGAGAUUGUAUGACUGGGCAGAGGAAAAUAAUAAGAUUGAUGAAUCUCAAGCAGGUUUCCGUAUAGAAUAUUCGGCAGUUGAUAAUGUCUUUUGUUUACAGGCGAUGGUCCAAAAAUAUCUUUCAAAACGUGGUGGUCGAUUCUAUUGUUUGUACGUUGACUUCCGUAAAGCCUUUGAUAAAGUUAACCAUGUCAAACUAUUUUCAUCAUAAGAAAAGAAAGGAGUUUUUGGAAAGUGCCAUAGAGUACUUAAAUCUAUGUAUUCAUGCUUGACUUCUCGUGUAAAAGUCUCAAAAGAUGUUACAGAUGCGUUUCCCUGUAAUAUUGGAACCAGGCAGGGAGACAAAUCGAGUUCGACUAUUUUUGCGCUAUUUAUAGAUGAGUUAUCCUCACUUUUAAGGAUUAAAUGUGAAACUGGUAUUUUCAUAACUAAUGAUAUCCCAGAUAUUUUAUGUCUAAUGUUUGCAGACGAUGUCGCCAACUGUGCCGAGACCGCCAUUAAGUUACAACAACAAAUUGACAUUGUUGAUCAGUUUUGUACUGAUGCUGGUAUGGAAAUUAAUCUUAAUAAGACCGAACUUACUGUAUUUCGCAAUGGUGGUCUCCUCCGGAGAUAUGAAUCUUGGUUCUUCCGCGGACAACAACUUAACGUUACUCCUGUAUACAAGUACAUGGGGUUAUUGUUGACUCCAAAGUUAAGCUGGAGCUCAGCCCAUGAUAAACUAGCUUCCCAAGCAAGCGCAAAAGGCACUAUUUGCAAUACGAAAUUAUCAGAAACCAUUUGGUUUUUUUCCUGCAAAGGACUUAUUUAAAAUAUUUGACACUAUGGUAAAGCCAAUAUUAUGUUACGGUUCCCAGAUAUGGGGUUAUGAGUACAGCCCAGCUAUUGAAUUUGUCCAUAAUAUGUUUUGUAAAAAAUUAUUACAUGUUCGUAAAACUACCAAUACUUGCAUGGUUUUGGGGGAAUGUGGAAGACUCCCAUUAUGUAUCACUUAUUUUACAAAUUGUAUCAGGUACUGGUGUAAACUAUUGACUAUGACAUCUGAUAGAUACCCUAGGCAAUGUUAUAUUAUGCUUAAAGCAAUUGAUGAUGCUGGAAAAAUUUGUUGGGCGACCAAAGUAAAAUUUAUACUUUUCACAUACGGUUUUGGAUAUGUGUGGAUAUCACAAGAAAUUGGUGAUUGUGAUAUGUUAUCAAUGUUUUUAGAAAUAGAUUGAUUGACUGUUUUACUCAAAACUGGCAUGACACCGUGAGUAACUCAAGUCGUUGUCACCAUUAUAGUCAUUUUAAAACCCUACUUAAUAUUGAGCGAUAUUUGAUAAUAGAAAUGCCAGCCAAACACAAAAUAGCCUAUGCUAAAUUUAGAUGUUCAAACCAUAAACUACAAGUUGAAACUGGCAGACACCUGAAUAUUACUUUCCAGAAUCGCGUGUGUAAUGUUUGUUCACAAAUUAAUAUAAAUAUGACAUAUGUGGAUUGUGAAUAUCAUGCAUUUUUCUAUUGUGCUAAGUAUACAAGUAUUAAAAAUCAGUUUCUGUUCAACUGGUAUAACUCUGGUACUGACUUGAAUAACUUCUAUGACUUAUUGUCAACGAAUGAUUUUGAAACUAUUAGAAAAUUAGCAGUGUAUAUUUUCUAUCUUAUGAAUUCUAUAAAAGACUAGAUACAUGUAUCAACAUUUUCUUCAGUACAAUAAUAAUAUGACACAAUUUUGCAAUCUCUGUAUAUUACAUGAUAUGUAUGUAGAAAAUAAUCUGUGUAUGUUUUCUAUCUAAUGAACUUUAGAAAAGACUAGAUACAUGUAUUAACAUGUACAUCUGUACAAUAUUACUAUGACAUUGUAAUGUAAUUUCUGUAUAUUACAUGAUAUGUUUGUAGAUAAUUUGCAAUGUAUGUUUUCUAUCUUAUAAAUUCUAGAAAACACUAGAUAUACAUACACGUAUUAACUUUUACAUCUGUACAAUAUUACUAUGACACAACUUUGCAAUUUCUAUAUAUUACAUGAUAUGUAUGUAGAAAAUCUGUAGUGUAUGUUUUCUAUCUUAUGAAUUCUAGAAAAGACUAGAGACUUCAUAACUGUAUAAUACUACUAUGACGCAACUUUGUAAUUUCUAUAUAUUACAUGAUAUGUAUGUAGAAAAUCUGCAGUGUAUGUUUUCGUUCCUAUGAAUUCUAGAAAAAAAGACUAGAUACAUGUACUAACAUUUACAUCUUUACAUAAUACCACUAGGACACAACUUUGCAUUUCUGUAUAUUACAUGAUAUGUAUUUUGGGCCGGAGGCCUCUGUUUCUUUAAUAAACUGUUGACUGUU